GCAGAAGUCCAUGAAGUGUCAGCGUUGGGUCAUACUUUAGUCUUUCUGUUAGAAGUUUCCUCCCACGGAAGCCGACUCCCUCCCACACUGGGCGUCAAACGACCGAUACCAGAAGGAAACUUACCUGGGAGCGACAAGGACGAGGGAAGAAUUUAGAGACACACGAAGGAAAACAUUUUCUCAGGUUCCAGCUCUAACGAUGGCAUUUCACCGAGUCACCUGUUGUUUGUGAAUGAUCGCUUCCUUUUUUCAUUACUACAUACAUGAAGAAAAAGCGCAGCUGAGACGUUUACGACUCCGCGGAUUGUUUUUGGUAAAUGGUUAUUAAAACUACAUAACAGGUACUUCCGGGUUGUAAUCAAGGAGGUAAAUUAGCAUGGCCGACGAAGAGCAAAUACCUGCGGCGGAUUCCCCCGAUGGAGGAACAACCACUGAACAGCCCACAGCUGUGAUCAGCGACAGCGUGGACAACAAGAGCCCUGAUGCCACAGAGAGGGAUGUGUUGCUUUUUGUGGAGAUUGCCAACAGUAACGGGGAGACGCACCCCUCUCACCACUCAGCACAGGGUCAAAGCAGCCUGGAGAAUAACAGUACUCCUCAUGAGGAGAGCGCUGUGAGCAGGGUAAAGAGAGAGCUGAACGAGCGUGUCUUCAUGAAAGUCAGACUAUGGAUGAUCCUCGUCAUGAUAGUUGUCCUCAUCAUUGUUGUGAUCAUUAUCUCAGUGGCCGCGUGUUCAGCGAACCACACGGACGUGGAUGACAAGUACGACCCCUCGUUGUUUGUAGUCCCUCAGGGUUUCAGUGGGAACUUUAAGCUGCCAAAGCAAAACUUCACAACGGAGCUUCUCGACAUCAACUCCACCCAGAGCCGGGCCCUCGCCACAGAGCUACAAAACGAGCUGGCCGACCUCUACAGAUCCUCUGCGGCUCUGGGACGAUACUUCAACACAUUUGAGAUAAAAGCCUUCAGGAAUGAUCCAGUCACCGCUGACUACUCGCUGACGUUUCUGCUGCCUAAGGAGCAGCUGGAUGAGCUGAGGAACUUUACUCUGAGCAGGGAGAUGGUUUACAAUGUGUUUCGGCAGUUUCUGUACGACCAGGAGCCAGCUGAGUCGGGGCCGCUGUACGUCGAUCCCGUUUCCCUGCAAAUGAUUUCGUGAUGGCAAAAUGACUAAACCAGAACAUCCGGCUUCUUCUGUCAUUCAAAAAAGACUCAUAGAAAACACUAACCUGCCCCCACUAAUCUGGGGGUUUUUUAAUUCUGCAUUACGUAUGAUUUCUCAGCAGUUUCUAUGGUUUUCCCAUAAUUUCUGCAUCUGACGCCUCUCCACCACAGGAAGCUACUUAACCAUAGUUGCACAAGUCCAGUACAGUUAGCAGUCAUAUGUCUUUUGUGUGGGAAAGACACUGACAUCUGACUACUGUCCAACUUAGUGGUUUGACUCAAACUAUAUAAAUUAAAAAAAAAAGAAAAAAGAAGUAAAUCGCAACCACAAUGUGACCUACUUUAAAAUAAUGUAUUAGAGAUUUUUUAUUGUACAGUGUUGAGAAUAUUGCUUUAAAUAUCUGGUGUAAUUGAUUUGCAUCCAUUUUCUGAAUGUCUCCUGAAUGUGAUCUCAUGUUUACUUAAUGAAAGAUUUUUUUUUUUCUUUUUAAA